CCUUUCCCCCUCUCCCGGACCCGGAUGGUGACUGGCGGCGGCCGCGGCGGCUCCAGGGACUGUCACUGAGCGGCUCCCCCCGGGCCUCUUGUCCUGAGGGCGGCGGCGGCGGCGGCCGCGAAGAUGGCUGCGGCGGCCUCCUGCUCCUCGGCCGCGACGGCGGCGGCGGGGCCCGGGCCCGGCCCGGGCUCCUGCGAGUGGCUGCUGCUGCGGGACGGCUGCCUGCGCUGCGACGCCGACGGGCUCUGCAGCCUCUGCUACCACCCGGCGCUCAACGCCAUCCUGGCCGUGACCGCGCGCGGCGCCAUCAAAGUCAUCGAUGGCACCUCGGGGGCCACGCUGCAGGCGUCCGCGCUCGGCGCUAAACCAGGUGGACGGGUGAAAUGUCAGUAUAUUUCUGCUGUGGAUAAAGUGAUCUUUGUGGAUGAUUAUGCAGUAGGAUGUAGGAAAGAUCUCAAUGGCAUCUUACUGUUAGACACAGCUCUGCAAACGCCUGUUUCAAAACAAGAUGAUGUGGUUCAGCUUGAAUUGCCGGUUACAGAGGCUCAGCAGCUGUUAUCUGCUUGCAUAGAAAAAGUAGAUGUUUCUAGCACAGAGGGAUACGACUUGUUCAUCACGCAACUGAAGGAUGGUUUAAAAAAUACCUCACAUGAAACAGCAGCAAAUCAUAAAGUUGCAAAGUGGGCAACGGUUACGUUCCACCUUCCUCAUCAUGUUUUGAAGUCUGUCGCCAGUGCCAUUGUAAAUGAACUCAAGAAGAUAAAUCAAAAUAUUGCUGCCUUACCUGUAGCAUCCUCUGUGAUGGAUAGGUUAUCUUACCUCUUACCCAGCGCACGACCAGAACUUGGUGUGGGACCUGGUCGAUCUGUGGACAGGUCUUUGAUGUAUAGUGAAGCUAACAGACGGGAGACAUUCACUUCAUGGCCUCAUGUGGGUUAUCGGUGGGCACAGCCAGAUCCUAUGGCUCAAGCUGGGUUCUAUCACCAGCCUGCUUCAUCAGGAGAUGACAGAGCCAUGUGCUUUACCUGUAGUGUGUGCUUGGUGUGCUGGGAACCUACAGAUGAACCUUGGUCUGAACAUGAGAGACAUUCCCCAAACUGCCCAUUUGUCAAGGGUGAGCACACUCAGAAUGUACCUCUUUCAGUCACACUGGCAACAAGUCCAGCACAAUUUCCCUGCACAGAUGGCACUGACAGAAUAGCCUGCUUUGGAUCUGGAAGUUGCCCUCAUUUUCUAGCUGCUGCGACAAAACGAGGAAAGAUCUGCAUAUGGGAUGUUUCCAAACUUAUGAAGGUCCACUUAAAAUUUGAAAUCAAUGCAUAUGAUCCAGCUAUUGUGCAGCAACUUAUGUUAUCAGGAGAACAGAGCUCAGGGGUUGACUCAAGGAGACCAACACUAGCAUGGUUAGAAGAUUCAUCUAGCUGCUCAGAUAUACCAAAAUUAGAAGGAGACAGUGAUGACCUACUGGAGGAUUCAGACAGUGAAGAGCAUUCCAGAUCAGAAUCUGUGACAGGGCAUACAUCACAAAAAGAAACUAUGGAAGUCAGCCUUGAUAUAACAGCUCUCAGCGUUCUUCAGCAACCUGAAAAACUUCAGUGGGAAAUCGUUGCAAAUGUUCUGGAAGACACGGUUAAGGAUCUAGAAGAACUUGGAGCAAAUCCCUGUUUGGCCAACUGUAAGAGUGAAAAGAUGAAGGAAAAACAUCUAGAACAACACAACAUUCCUUUUCCUUGUUUGUUAGCUGGAGGUCUAUUAACAUACAAAUCACCUGCUACCUCUCCUGUUAGCAGUAACUCUCAGAGAUCACUGGAUGGUUUAAGUAGGACUCGAGGUGAGAGUGUCUCGGAACAGGGAUCAACUGACAAUGAAUCCUGCACUAAUUCAGAACUGAAUUCCCCUCUAGUAAGGAGGACUUUGCCUGUAUUGUUGCUAUACAGCAUUAAGGAAUCUGAUGAAAAAGCAGGAAAACUCUUUUCACAGAUGAACAAUAUUAUGAGUAAAAGUAUACAUGAUGAUGGUUUCACAGUUCCACAGAUCAUUGAAAUGGAGCUGGACAGUCAGGAACAAUUGCUGUUACAGGAUCCCCCUGUGACUUACAUUCAGCAGUUUGCAGAUGCUGCAGCCAACCUAACAUCUCCGGACUCGGACAAGUGGAGCUCCAUGGUUCCCAAGCCUGGGACUUUGGUUCAGUGCCUGCGUCUGCCAAAGUUUGCAGAGGAGGAGAACCUGUGUGUAGAUUCAAUCACACCUUGUGCAGAUGGAGUUCAUCUGUUAGUAGGACUGCGGACUUGUCCUGUCGAAUCUCUGAGUGCAAUAAAUCAAGUAGAGGCCUUGAAUAAUUUAAAUAAAUUAAACUCGGCACUAUGUAAUAGAAGGAAGGGGGAACUAGAAUCAAGUCUCGCUGUAGUGAAUGGCACGAGUAUUGAUGUGAUCCAGCAUGAGUCACCAGCAGAUGUACCAACUCCUUUAAUAAUUCAGCCUGAACAGAGAAGUGUUAGUGGUGGAUACCUAGUGCUUUAUAAGAUGAAUUAUGCCACUAGAGUAGUUACUCUAGAGGAGGAACCAGUAAAAAUCCAGCAUAUCAAAGACCCCCAAGACACAAUUACCUCAAUGAUUUUGCUCCCACCAGACAUAUUGGAUAAUCGAGAGGACGACUGUGAGGAGCCUGUAGAGGAAAUACAAUUAACUUCUAAAAAUGGCAGUGGGAGAGAAAGAAGAUCUGAGAUCUCUACUCUUGGACACCUGGUAAUAACUACUCAGGGAGGAUAUGUAAAAAUAUUAGAUCUUUCGAACUUUGAAAUUCUAGCCAAAGUGGAGCCACCUAAAAAAGAGGGCACUGAGGAACCAGAUAUGUUUGUCUCUGUGAUAUACUGUUCGGGCACAGACAGAUUAUGUGCAUGCACCAAAGGUGGAGAACUUCAUUUCCUUCAGAUUGGAGGGACCUGUGAUGACAUAGAUGAAGCCGAUAUACUUGUAGAUGGAUCCCUUUCCAAAAGCACAGAACAGUCAUCAGAAGGCACCAAACCCUUAUCUAAUCCUUCUAGUCCAGGCAUUACAGGAGUUGAUCUUUUGGUGGACCAGCCAUUUUCCCUUGAAACACUGACAUCCCUGGUGGAACUGACCCGUUUUGAGACCUUGACACCACGGUUUUCAGCCACUGUCCCUCCCUGUUGGGUAGAAGUCCAGCAAGAGCAGCAGCAAAGGCGGCACCCUCAGCAUCUGCACCAGCAGCACCACGGGGAUGCAGCUCAGCACACUCGAACCUGGAAGCUACAGACAGACAGCAACAGCUGGGAUGAGCAUGUCUUUGAACUGGUUCUACCCAAAGCCUGUAUGGUUGGACAUGUGGACUUCAAAUUUGUUUUGAAUUCAAACAUCACCAACAUUCCCCAGAUUCAAGUGACUUUACUUAAAAAUAAAGCUCCAGGCUUAGGGAAAGUCAAUGAAGCAGCAGUAGAUAGACAGAUCGCAUUUCCUUUAUCUCCAGCUCUUAAUAUUGAAGUGGAGAGAAAUGGAAAACCAGGACUGGUGGAAUUCAAUGAAGAAAUGCAGUAUAUGGAUGUAGAGGAACCACAAUGUCUUAGAUUGUGUCCAUUUCUGGAGGAACACAAGGAAGAUAUACUUUGCGGUCCAGUAUGGCUGGCUACUGGACUUGAUCUAUCAGGACAUGCUGGAAUGUUGACACUAACAAGUCCAAAGCUUGUUAAAGGCAUGGCUGGUGGCAAGUAUCGUUCAUUUUUAAUUCAUGUUAAAGCAGUGAAUGACAGAGGAACAGAAGAAAUCUGCAAUGGUGGCAUUAGACCAGUUGUUAGAAUACCACCUCUAAAACCUCAGACUAACAAGGGCCAUUCACUUGCUUCAUUGUUGGCAAAAGUUGCAGCAGGCAAGGAAAAGCCAUCUAGCAAAAUUGAAGGCACUAAUUCUUCAAGAAAAUCAGAUAAUCUGCGAGGCUGUGACUUACUUCAAGAAGUCUCUGUAACAAUUCGAAGAUUUAAAAAAACUUCAAUUUCAAAGGAAAGAGUUCAACGGUGUGCCAUGUUACAGUUUUCAGAGUUCCAUGAGAAGUUGCUCACCACUCUUUGCAAGAAGACAGACGAUGGUCUGAGUACAGAACACUCUCAGAGUCUUGUACUUGACACGCUUUGUUGGCUGGCCGGAGUGUAUUCAAACGGACCUGGCAGCUCAAAGGAAGGAAAUGACAGUUUGCUUUCUAAAACACGUAAAUGUGUCUCUGAUAUUAUACGUGUUUGCUUCUUUGAAGCUGGGCGGAGCAUAGCUCACAAAUGUGCACGAUUUCUUGCACUGUGCAUCAGCAACGGCAGGUGCGACCCGAGUCAGCAGGGGUUUGGAUCAGUUCUUCUAAAAGCUUUGCUUGACAAUAUGCCUCUUUUGCCCGCUGCUGCGACAGGUGGAUCUGUAUACUGGUAUUUUGUAUUGCUGAAUUAUGUAAAGGAUGAAGAUUUGGCAGGAUGUAGUACAGCUUGUGCAUCACUGCUAACUGCUGUGUCCCGCCAGCUGCAGGAUCGCCUAACACCAAUGGAAGCGUUACUUCAAACAAGAUAUGGAUUAUAUAGUUCACCUUUUGAUCCAGUUCUGUUUGAUCUGGAAAUAUGUGGCUCAUCUUGUAAAAAUGUAUACAACAGCAGCAUUGGAGUACAGUCAGAUGAAAUCGAUUUGUCUGAUGUUCUGUCAGGAAAUGGGAAAAUAGGUAGCUGUGCAGCUGCUGAAGGUAGUUUUACUUCCCUUACUGGACUUCUGGAAGUUGAACCUCUGCACUUUACCUGUGUUUCAACAAGUGAUGGAACUAGAAUAGAAAGGGACGAUGCAAGUACGUUUACUGUGAGUACCUUUGGGGUUACCCCAGCAGUUGGUGGCCUCUCUUCUGGAACGGUUGGGGAAGCCUCGACAGCACUGAGUUCAGCAGCCCAGGUAGCUUUGCAGUCUCUCUCUCAUGCAAUGGCCUCAGCCGAGCAACAGCUCCAGGUGCUGCAAGAGAAACAGCAGCAGCUUUUGAAGCUUCAGCAACAGAAAGCUAAACUGGAAGCAAAAUUACAUCAGACAACAGCGGCAGCGGCAGCAGCAGCAUCAGCAGUUGGUCCUGUUCACAACUCUGUGCCUUCUAAUCCAGUAGCAGCCCCAGGGUUCUUCAUUCAUCCUUCAGAUGUCAUUCCACCCACACCAAAAACAACUCCUCUCUUCAUGACUCCACCUUUGACUCCACCUAAUGAAGCAGUUUCUGCUGUUAUUAGUGCUGAGCUUGCUCAACUUUUCCCUGGUUCAGUCAUUGACCCCCCAACAGUUAACCUUGCAGCACAUAACAAAAAUACAAGCAAGUCUAGAACGAAUCCACUUGGAUCUGGUCUUGCUCUUGCAAUAUCUCACGCUUCACACUUUCUUCAGCCUCCGCCUCAUCAGUCAAUUAUUAUAGAGCGAAUGCACUCAGGAGCAAGAAGAUUCGUGACCUUGGAUUUUGGAAGACCUAUAUUACUGACGGAUGUAUUGAUUCCCACUUGUGGAGAUUUGGCUUCUUUGUCAAUUGACAUCUGGACUUUAGGAGAAGAAGUGGAUGGGAGGCGACUGGUAGUUGCUACUGACAUUAGCACACACUCACUUAUUUUACAUGACUUGUUGCCACCCCCAGUUUGCAGGUUUAUGAAGAUCACUGUUAUUGGUCGCUACGGCAGCACAAACGCCAGAGCAAAAAUCCCGUUAGGAUUUUACUAUGGCCAUACCUAUAUAUUACCCUUUGAAAAUGAGCUGAAACUAAUGCACGAUCCCCUCAGAGGAGAAGGUGAAGCUGCAAAUCAGCCUGACAUUGACCAACAUUUGGCAAUGAUGGUUGCACUGCAAGAAGACAUACAGUGCAGGUACAAUUUGGCCUGUCAUCGGUUAGAAAUUCUUCUGCAGAGUAUUGACCUGCCACCACUCAAUAGUGCUAACAAUGCCCAGUACUUUUUGAGAAAGCCAGACAAGGCGGUAGAAGAAGAUAGCAGAGUAUUUUCUGCUUACCAGGAUUGCAUUCAGCUACAGCUUCAACUCAACUUGGCUCACCAUGCUGUUCAGAGGCUCAAAGUAGCUUUAGGUGCAAGCAGGAAAACUCUCAAGGAGCAAUCUGAUCCAAAAGAGUUGAUUCAGAUGUCAUCCACAGAACAGUUACGCACCAUCAUUAGAUACUUACUGGAUACUUUGCUUAGUUUGCUUCAUUCUUCCAAUGGACACUCGGUUCCUGUGGUUCUGCAAAGUACUUUUCAUGCUCAAGCUUGUGAAGAGUUAUUUAAACACCUGUGUAUUAGUGGAACCCCAAAGAUACGAUUGCAUACUGGCCUUCUGCUUGUUCAGCUCUGUGGAGGAGAAAGGUGGUGGGGUCAGUUUCUCUCAAACGUACUGCAGGAAUUAUACAAUUCAGAACAACUUCUCAUUUUCCCACAGGACAGGGUCUUCAUGUUGCUUUCUUGCAUUGGCCAAAGAUCGCUUAGCAACAGUGGUGUUUUAGAAAGUUUACUUAAUCUCCUGGAUAACCUGCUGUCACCACUGCAACCUCAUUUACCUGUGCACAGAAGAACUGAAGGAGUUUUAGACAUUCCCAUGAUCAGUUGGGUUGUAAUGCUGGUGUCCAGACUACUGGAUUAUGUAGCUACUGUUGAAGAUGAAGCAGCCACGGCCAAGAAACCUCUGAAUGGGAAAGAGAGAGAACGAUUUUUGACAGGAAACCAGUGGAGUUUUAUAAACAAUAGCCUUCACACUCAGAGUCUGAGCAGAUCUACUAAAGGCAACAGUAGCCUAGAUAGACUGUAUUCCCGAAAGAUCAGAAAACAGCUUGUGCAUCAUAAACAGGUGACUUCCAGCACGCAACUUAACUUAUUAAAAGCAAAACAGAAGGCUUUGGUGGAACAGAUGGAAAAAGAGAAAAUACAAAGCAACAAAGGAUCAUCAUACAAACUUUUAGUAGAACAGGCAAAACUAAAGCAGGCUACUUCAAAGCACUUCAAGGACUUAAUACGCUUGCGUAGAACUGCAGAAUGGCCUCGUUCUUCUUUAGACACAGAAGUAUCAACAACAAAGGAAACUCCAGAAAUUGAACCACUUCCAUUUACACUGGCCCAUGAACGCUGUAUUUCUGUAGUGCAAAAGCUGGCACUCUUUCUAUUGUCCAUGGACUUUACUUGUCAUGCAGAUUUACUUCUUUUUGUUUGUAAGGUUCUUGCUAGAAUUGCAAACGCUACAAGACCAACAAUUCAUUUAUGUGAGAUUGUAAAUGAGACUCAGUUGGAACGAUUAUUGCUGCUUCUUGUUGGAACUGACUUUAACAGAGGAGACAUCUCUUGGGGAGGAGCAUGGGCUCAGUAUUCUCUGACUUGUAUGCUACAGGAUAUUCUAGCAGGAGAGUUGUUGGCACCUAUAGCAGCUGAAGCUAUGGAAGAAAGUGCUUUGGGAGAAGAUGCUGGUGCUUCAGCUGGGGAUUCUGAUGACUCUCUCCAGCAGUCCACAGUUCAGUUAGUGGAGACAAUAGAUGAGCCCUUGACACAUGACAUCACAGGUGCUCCACCACUGUCAUCUUUGGAAAAAGAUAAGGACAUUGAUCUUGAAUUACUGCAAGACCUGAUGGAAGUCGAUAUUGAUCCUUUGGAUAUUGAUUUGGAAAAAGAUCCCCUUGCAGCCAAAGUCUUCAAGCCUAUAAGCAGCACCUGGUACGAUUACUGGGGUGCCGAAUAUGGCACCUACAAUUACAAUCCUUACAUUGGAGGUGUUGGAAUUCCAGUUGCAAAACCACCAGUAACGACAGAGAAAAAUGGAUCACAGACUGUCAGCAUAUCAGUCUCCCAAGCUUUAGAUGCACGUCUAGAAGUUGGACUUGAACAGCAGGCUGAGCUGAUGCUGAAAAUGAUGUCCACGCUGGAGGCUGAUUCCAUUCUACAAGCAUUAACAAAUACAUCUCCUACAUUAACACAAUCUCCUAGUGGAACAGAUGACUCAUUGCUGAGAGGAUUACAUGCUGCUAACCAAAAUGCCCAGUUGAUUGUGCAGUUGUCAUCUAUACCUAUGCUGAGCGCGUGCUUCAACAAACUCUUUUCCAUGCUACAAGUCCACCAUGUUCAGCUUGAAUCCUUAUUACAGUUAUGGCUCACAUUAAGCCUGAAUUCCAGCUCCUCUGGAAGUAAAGAUAAUGGCGCUGAUAUCUUCCUUUAUAAUGCUAACCGAAUACCUGUCGUUUCCCUGAACCAAGCUUCAGUAACUAGCUUCCUGUCAGUUCUGGCAUGGUAUCCUAAUACCUUACUCCGGACGUGGUGCCUUGUGCUUCACAGCCUAACACUCAUGACAAAUAUGCAGCUUAAUGCUGGUCCAAGCAGUGCCAUUGGAGCUCAGGAAAGUACUGCCCAAUUGUUGGUGUCAGAUCCAAACCUCAUUCAUGUGUUAGUGAAAUUUCUUUCUGGCACUAAUCCUCAUGGAACAAAUCAACACAGUCCACAGGUUGGACCAACAGCAACACAAGCUAUGCAAGAAUUUCUUACUCGAUUACAAGUGCACCUUUCUUCAACUUGUCCUCAUAUGUUCAGUGAAUUUUUAUUGAAAUUAAUACAUAUACUUUCAACAGAAAGGGGUGCUUUCCAGACAGGCCAGGGACCACUGGACGCACAAGUGAAACUCUUGGAAUUUACCCUGGAACAGAAUUUUGAAGUUGUAUCAGUUAGCACUAUUUCUGCAGUAAUUGAGUCCAUAACCUUUCUUGUGCAUCAUUACAUUACAUGUUCAGACAAAGUAAUGUCUCGCAGCGGCUCAGACAGCUCUGUGGGUGCUCGAGCAUGUUUUGGAGGGCUUUUUGCCAAUAUUAUCCGUCCAGGUGAUGCCAAAGCAGUUUGUGGAGAAAUGACAAGGGAUCAGCUUAUGUUUGAUUUAUUAAAGCUGAUAAACAUUUUAGUUCAACUGCCGCUCUCCAGUAACCGAGAAUACAGUGCCCGUGUUCCAGUAGCAAGCAGUACUACAGACAGCGUGUCUGAUGAAGAAAAGGUUUCAGGAGGCAAAGAUGGCAAUGGAAGCAACCCUAAUACUCAAGGAUCAACUGCAUAUGUGGCAGACUUGGUGUUAGCCAACCAACAAAUUAUGAGCCAGAUUUUGUCUGCGCUUGGCCAGUGUAACAGCAGUGCUAUGGCAAUGAUUAUUGGUGCAAGUGGCUUGCAUCUCACUAAACACGAAAACUUUCAUGGUGGCUUAGAUGCAAUAUCAGUCGGAGACGGGUUGUUCACUAUCCUGACAACACUUAGCAAAAAAGCAACAACAGUUCAAGUGAUGCUUCAGCCAAUUCUUACCUACAUGGCCUGUGGGUACAUGGGAAGACAGGGCUCUCUUGCCACUUGUCAGUUAUCUGAGCCACUGCUCUGGUUCAUUUUACGAGUGUUGGAUACAAGUGAGGCACUGAAGGCUUUCCACGAUAUGGGUGGUGUUCAGCUUAUCUGUAACAACAUGGUAACAAGCACAAGAGCUAUUGUUAACACAGCAAGAAGCAUGGUUUCAACUAUUAUGAAAUUUCUUGAUUCUGGUCCCACCAAAGCGACAGAUAGCAGUUUGAAAGCUAGAGUUCUAGCUUCGGAGCCUGAUAAUGCAGAAGGAAUUCACAAUUUUGCACCUUUGGGUUCAAUCACCUCAAGCAGUCCCACUGCCCAGCCUGCUGAAGUGCUGUUGCAGGCUACUCCUCCCCACCGACGGGCUCGGUCUGCAGCGUGGUCGUACAUAUUUUUACCUGAGGAGGCUUGGUGUGACCUCACAAUUCACCUUCCUGCAGCUGUGCUGCUCAAGGAGAUCCACAUCCAGCCUCACCUGGCCUCUCUGGCAACUUGCCCUUCGUCAGUGUCUGUUGAAAUAAGCGCAGAUGGUGUCAAUAUGUUACCUUUGUCAACUCCUGUUAUCACAAGCGGGCUCACCUAUAUAAAGAUCCAGCUGGUAAAAGCUGAAGUUGCCUCAGCUGUCUGCCUUCGUCUCCAUCGUCCUCGGGAUGCCAGUACCCUGGGGCUCUCUCAGAUCAAACUGUUGGGCCUCACAGCCUUCGGAAACACCUCCUCUGCAACCGUCAAUAAUCCCUUCCUUCCCUCUGAGGAUCAGGUCUCUAAAACAAGUAUUGGAUGGUUAAGAUUAUUACACCACUGCCUCACUCACAUAAGUGAUUUGGAAGGAAUGAUGGCUAGUGCUGCAGCACCCACGGCUAAUCUGUUGCAGACAUGUGCUGCUUUACUAAUGUCACCUUACUGUGGUAUGCAUUCUCCAAAUAUUGAGGCUGUACUUGUGAAAAUUGGGCUUCAGUCCACCAGAAUCGGCCUAAAAUUGAUUGACAUUCUUCUAAGAAACUGCUCAGCAUCAGGGAGCGAUCCUGCAGAUCUGAAUAGCCCUUUACUGUUUGGAAGAUUAAAUGGUCUCUCUUCUGACUCCACAAUAGACAUUCUUUAUCAGCUUGGAACAACUCAAGACCCUGGAACAAAAGAUAGAAUUCAAGCAUUGCUGAAAUGGGUCAGUGACUCUGCAAGAGUUGCAGCUAUGAAAAAAGGUGGCCGAGUCAGCUACAUUUGUCCAAAUAGCUCAACGAGAGAGUAUGGCCUUUUGAUGCCAUCCCCUUCCCACUUGCAUUGCGUGGCAGCAAUUUUGUGGCACAGUUACGAAUUGCUUGUUGAAUAUGAUUUACCAGCAUUGCUCGACAGAGAGCUUUUUGAGUCACUGUUUAACUGGUCCAUGUCUCUUCCCUGCAACAUGGUUUUGAAGAAAGCUGUUGACAGUUUGCUUUGCUCAAUGUGCCACAUCCACCCAAAUUAUUUUUCCUUACUGAUGGGAUGGAUGGGUAUCACUCCUCCUCCGAUGCAAUGUCAACACAGACUGUCUAUGACUGAUGACAGCAAAAAGCAGGACCUUAGUUCGUCUUUAACAGAUGACUCUAAAAAUGCACAAGCCCCUCUUGCACUAACAGAAUCUCACCUGGCUACUCUUGCUGCCUCAUCUCAGUCUCCUGAAGCUAUCAAGCAGUUAUUGGACUCAGGUUUGCCUUCACUGCUCGUAAGAAGUCUUGCUAGUUUUUGCUUUAACCAUACUUCUAGCUCUGACUGCACUGCACAAUCAAUGGAUGUCACCCAGGACAGGCUCAGGAGGCAUCAUGUUCCACAGCACUUUAAUAAAAUGCCUAUCACGGCAGACCUGGUUGCUCCUGUUCUCAGGUUUUUGACAGAAGUUGGCAACAGCCACAUGAUGAAGGAUUGGUUGGGUGGCUCUGAAGUCAAUCCACUGUGGACAGCACUUUUAUUUCUGUUGUGCCAUUCUGGUGCUACCUCUGGAGGACACAAUAUGACGGCGCAGCAGACCAGUGCAAGAUCUAGCUUGCUUUCUUCGACUGUAACAACAGGAUUGACCACUCAGCAGAGGACAGCAAUUGAAAAUGCAACAGUUGCUUUCUUCUUACAGUGCAUCUCUUGCCAUCCGAAUAACCAGAGACUUAUGGCACAGGUUCUCUGUGAAUUGUUUCAGUCCUCUCCUCAGCGUGGGAACCUCCCAACCUCUGGAAAUAUUUCAGGAUUUAUUAGAAGGCUUUUUUUGCAGCUGAUGCUGGAGGAUGAGAAAGUGACUUUGUUUCUUCAGUCCCCUUGUCCACUGUACAAAGGUAGAAUUAAUGCUACUAGUCAUGUAAUUCAACAUCCAAUGUACGGAGCUGGACACAAAUUUCGUACCCUUCACUUGCCUGUCUCAACAACUCUGGCAGAGGUUCUUGAUCGUGUGUCAGAUACACCCAGUAUUACAGCUAAGCUAAUUAAUGAACAGAAGGAAGAUAAAGAAAAAAAGAACUAUGAAGAGAAAGAAAAAGUUAAAGCAGAAAAUGGAUUUCAGGACAAUUACAGCGUUGUUGUUGCUUCUGGUUUGAAAUCUCAGUCAAAAAGAGCUGUUUCAUCCACCCCCCCACGUCCACCAUCGAGGCGAGGAAGAGUGAUGGCAGAUAAAGUAGGUUCGUCUUCCUCAGGAGGAGAAUCUUCCAGCAAGACCAUUAGUGUUCCAGUCUUUAAUCUUUACCAUAAACUUCUACCAGGUCAACCAUUACCAGCUGAAAUGACACUUGCCCAGCUUCUGACUCUGCUGUAUGACCGUAAACUCCCUCAAGGAUAUCGAUCAAUAGAUUUGACAGUUAAACUUGGUUCCAAAGUCAUCUCAGAUCCAAGCUUAUCAAAAACAGAUUCAUUUAAACGUCUUCACACAGAAAAAGAGCAUGCAGAUUUACUGGGACCUUGCCCUGAAGAUGAAGCCAUCAGUCCUGGGGAUGAGUGUAUGGAUGCAGUUCUAGAUGAAUCGCUUCUUGAAACCUGUCCCAUUCAGUCUCCACUGCAAGUGUUUGCAGGCAUGGGUGGAUUGGCUCUUAUUGCAGAGAGACUUCCUAUGCUUUAUCCUGAUGUAAUUCAGCAAGUGAGCACUCCAGUGGUUACAUCGGCCACGCAAGAAAAGCAGAAGGACAGUGAUCAGUUUGAAUGGGUUACCAUUGAACAAUCAGGGGAAUUGGUGUAUGAAGCACCGGAAACAAUUGCUGCAGAGCCCCCACCCAUCAAGUCAACAGUUCAGACUAUGUCUCCUAUACCUGCGCAUUCUUUGGCUGCCUUUGGUUUAUUUCUUCGUCUCCCGGGCUAUGCUGAGGUGCUGCUAAAAGAACGGAAACAUGCUCAGUGUCUGUUGAGAUUGGUGUUGGGAGUUACAGAUGAUGGUGAAGGAAGUCAUAUCCUGCAGUCUCCUUCAGCAAACGUGCUUCCAACCCUGCCCUUCCAUGUGUUGCGCAGUUUGUUCAGCACUACGCCGUUGACUACUGAUGAUGGAGUAUUGCUUAGGCGGAUGGCACUGGAGAUUGGGGCUAUACACCUUAUCCUUGCUUGUCUGUCUGCUCUAAGCCACCAUGCACCAAGGGUGCCCAACUCUAGUCCCAACCAGGCAGAGCCACAGGUGUCAAGUACACACAACAGUGCAUCAACAGAAGAACAGCAGUUGUACUGGGCUAAGGGUACAGGCUUUGGAACAGGCUCCACAGCUUCAGGAUGGGAUGUUGAACAGGCUUUGACUAAGCAAAGGCUAGAAGAAGAGCAUGUGACCUGCCUUCUACAGGUUCUUGCCAGUUACAUAAAUCCUGCAGGAAGUACAUCAAAUGAAGAGACCCAAACUAGCCAUGAGGGGAGAGCACAAAACAGCAGCGCUCUUCCAUCCGUUCUCCUAGAGCUACUCAGUCAAUCUUGCCUCAUCCCAGCAAUGUCAUCAUACCUCCGCAACGAUUCAGUUUUGGAUAUGGCCCGACACGUUCCCCUUUACCGAGCUCUGCUAGAAUUACUCCGGGCUAUUGCAUCCUGCACAUCCAUGGUACCGUUACUUCUUCCUCUGUCAGGAGAAAGUAGUGAAGAGGAGGAAGAACAGUGUGAGUCACAAGCUUCUGUUGGGACUUUGUUGGCUAAAAUGAAGACCUGUGUAGAUACCUAUACCAACCGACUGAGGUCUAAAAAAGACAAAGCUAAAGCAGGAGUAAAACCAGAUACUUCUGACCAAGAACCAGAGGGAUUGACCCUUUUGGUACCAGACAUCCAAAAGACUGCGGAGAUAGUUUAUGCUGCUACCACCAGUUUGCGCCAAGCAAACCAAGAAAAGAAGAUGGCUGAAUACUCCAAAAAGGCUGCUGUGAAGCCCAAGCCUUUGUCUGUUUUACGGUCUCUUGAAGAAAAGUAUGUGGCUGUCAUGAAAAAACUCCAGUUUGAUACAUUUGAAAUGGUUUCUGAAGACGAUGACGGAAAAUUGGUUUUUAAAGUAAAUUACCACUACAUGUCUCAGGUAAAAAAUGCAAGUGACGCCAACAGUGCUGCCAGAGCCCGACGUCUUGCUCAAGAAGCUGUGACUCUUUCAACCUCACUGCCUCUCUCAUCCUCAUCCAGCGUUUUUGUACGUUGUGAUGAGGAGCGGCUUGACAUAAUGAAGGUUCUCAUUACUGGUCCUGCAGACACCCCUUACGCAAAUGGUUGCUUUGAAUUUGAUGUGUAUUUCCCACAAGACUAUCCUAAUUCCCCCCCACUUGUGAAUCUGGAAACAACUGGAGGCCACAGCGUGAGAUUUAAUCCAAACCUCUACAAUGAUGGCAAGGUGUGUUUAAGCAUACUGAACACAUGGCAUGGUAGGCCAGAAGAGAAAUGGAAUCCCCAAACAUCAAGUUUUUUGCAGGUGUUAGUGUCUGUCCAAUCCCUAAUACUGGUAGCAGAACCAUAUUUUAAUGAACCAGGUUAUGAACGAUCAAGAGGUACUCCAAGUGGUACCCAGAGCUCCAGAGAAUAUGAUGGAAAUAUACGACAGGCAACAGUCAAGUGGGCAAUGCUUGAACAAAUGAGAAAUCCGUCACCGUGUUUUAAGGAGGUCAUCCACAAACACUUUUACUUGAAAAGAGUGGAGAUCAUGGCUCAGUGUGAGGAGUGGAUAGCAGACAUACAGCAGUACAGCAGUGACAAACGGGUAGGCAGGACUAUGUCCCACCAUGCAGCAGCUCUAAAGCGUCAUACAGCUCAGUUGCGGGAAGAACUUCUAAAACUUCCCUGUCCUGAAGGAUUGGAUCCAGACACUGACGACUCCACAGAAAAAUGCAGUGCCACAACAAGCUCAGAAGAGACCAUGUUGCACGAACAGGUUAAACCCAGCAGCAGUAAAGAUGUCCCCACUGAUUUCAAGUUAUGAGUCGCAUUGACAUGGACUUUGUAGACACAACGGCUUUGAAGCACAAGCCAAAUAUGUCAAUAUUUGUAUGUAAGAAGUUAAUUAUGUAAUAGGUAAUGAAAUUGAAACUAUACUAUGCCCUUAAGGAUAUACAGUUUAAUUAAAAAUGAUCUUUUAUUUACCUGUACAAGAGUGUAAACUUUUUUGUGCUUUUAUUUUUCAAUUGUGAGAACCACUGAUUGGUAUGUUUAAAAAGUUAUGUAUACAAAAAAUGGAUAAAUCACUGAUAUAUAAGGGAAACUACCUUAGGAAAGAAUGUUUACUGAAUGUUUAUUAUUUUUUUUUACUUGUAGAGUGAGGGCGGUUGUAACAAAGAAUAUAUAUUGGUCAUUCUUACAGCUACUAUUUAAAGUCAGAAAAUUUUCACUGAAUUUGAUAGAUUUUACGUUUGGCCAUAUAUUCAUGCUCAUAUUUGAUUCUAAAGAAAACCUCCUGUAUACUUCAAUAAACGUUAAAUGGACAUGAUCCCUCUUUUAUGAUUUACUGGUACAUUUUUUAAAUAAACUGCCAUAAAAUACAUUCUAGCUGAAGACUUGCACUUGUAUGACUGAAUUCAUUACAGUCAACAUACUUAAUUUUAUGCAUACUAAAUCUAAAAUGCAGAUGAAAUAAAUGCAUAUGGUUUUACCUCAUGCCAAAAUUUGGACUUCUGAAUUCAUCUUUUUUUGGCUAUUUUAUGCAAACUAACAGUAUUCUAAAUUUCUUAAGGGCUAUUCUGGAACAAAGUCUUUACUGUAUUGAAAUGUCUGAUUUUUACAUAAUCAACUGUACUCUUAAUUGCUGACAGGGGCUAGCAACAUGCCACGCAGGACUCCAGUGUUCUGUAGUUCCUACUGUAUAGACUUAUUUCCAGUUUUAUACUUGCAGCCACAGAUCCCUAACUAAAAAGGGUAACAGAUUUGCUUGACUUAAUAAUCAAGUCUCGCUUUUAACAUAACAUGCAUUGCUAUCACUGUUCUUAAUUUUUGAGUAGUCCUUGGAGGACUAAAAAAUUAGUACUGGUGUUACCUCAGACUAAUGAUCUGUUGUAUGAUAAAUACUACAAAUCAGGCAAAACCGAAGGGUUUUUGUUUUCUAUUUGUUCUUUGUUUAUAAGUAUCACGCUGGAAUUUUUUCACUUUUUGUUUUACAAUGUAUUAUUUCUAAUCAUUAAAAAUGGCACCAACUGAGGUUGUGUUCUUA